UUACAUUGAGAGGAAUGCUAUGCAGGGCAAUGGAGUGUGCAGUCAAGCAGCCAGAUGUUGCUCUCAUCUGAAUAGAUAAUAAUAACCUGACCAACAAUGGGAAGUUUUUUGGCUGAUCUGCUCAUACUACUGCUGAUUUCUUUAGGACACGUUUAUGCAGUUUCCUUCCAUGGCAAUGGCUACAUUCACCUGCAAACUAUAGAGAAGUCCAUUCAGACGUCCAUCCACGUACGAUUUCGUACCUCAAGCCAGUCUGGGCUAAUAUUUUUGGCAGCAGGACGCAGAGACUUCUUACUUCUUGAGCUGAUCUCUGGACGACUGCAGGUACGUCUGGACCUGGGCUCAGGUGAGCGGUCGCUGCGUUCAGCAAAGGGAACCCACUUUAAUGAUCUGGCCUGGCACACAGUUGAUCUAAAUCACACACAGCACAACAUCAACAUGACUGUUGACCGAACCUCUUACACUACUCUCCGGAUGCCAGGACCAGAUUUGGAGCUCAGUAUCGAGGAUGGGCUCCUUGUUGGUGGGACGGCGGGACUUAACCAUCAUUACCUUCUAAACAUCUCAGCUGGCUUUAGAGGUUGCUUGGAUGAAGUUGUCUUCAAUGAACACAACCUACUCUCUAGCCUUCAGGGGAAUUCUGGGUACAAGAGAAUCCAUGAGGUUUCACUGGGUUGCAGUCCACUGUUUUCAGCAACAGAGGAAGAUCCUGUGAGGUUUUCCAGCUCUAAAGCCUUCAUCUCUCUACCCCAAUGGGAGGUUCUUCAAGAGGGGAUAUUUGAGUGUGAACUUCACCCUUCUUGGAAAGAAGAAAAUGGAUUGGUGUUGUACAGCUUUGGGAGUGAAGGAGGGUUUGUCUCGAUGGAGAUCAGGAAUGGCCACGUUGUGGCCUCAGUAGGAAAUGGAAAGGGUGGUAAAACCGAGGUGCAUUCACUGACACAUGUCUACAGCAAGCACACCUGGUACACCAUCCAGGUGCUCCUACUACCUGAUAGCAUUCAACUGAAGGUAGGCAAGGAGUUAGUGAAGACCAGUCUGAGUCAGGACCUCCAGGACAUCCAGCUUAAAGGGCCUCUCUUCCUUGGAGGACUGGAUGAGGUUGCUCUAGAAAAAGCAAAAAGUGCUGGAUUAUCUUCUGUUUCUCUUGAAAAAGGAGGAGGGGGAAGAUCAUUUAAAGGCUGUCUACAAAAAAUUACAGUGAAUGGCCAAAAGACUGGCUUACCUCAUGCCAUAGCCACUAAGGAUGUUACUGUGGGCUGUAACAUAGGCCAGGCUCCAAAGGUAGUGAUCAUAUCCAGUUCCACAGAUUUGCCUGAGCACGAUGUUGCCACCACACAGACUAUCGGCUACAGGAGGGUCACAAAUUUAUUGUCGCUUCGAGCGUUGGAGGUCCCUGAAGGUGGCCAGGCACUGCUUGAACCCAAACACAUAAAGGUAAAUCUUGAGUUUCGCAAACUAGGGAUCCAUCCAUCACAACUGUUAUGUCGCAUUGUUGAGCCUCCUGUUCGUGGUCAGCUGCGUUUGAAUCCAAGUCCAGAUCCAGAUGGGUUGCCUGAGGAGACACAGGAAAGGAUCCUCGGAAUAGGGGCAGAGGAGAGGGAUCGUACUUUCAGCAUCUUGGACCUGUGGCAGGGCCGGGUCAUGUACGUUCAUAGUGGCUCUGAAGACCAGGAGGACUUUUUCACAUUUUCCAUCUUCUCUAACAAUAAGAAUGAGAUGCCUAUAUUUCUGGAAGAAAGUCAUUUGCACCGGUUUAAUAUCAGCAUAACUCCAGUUAAUGAUGCUCCUGUUCUUAGUUUGCCACAAGGAAACCUGUUUACUCUGCCUGAGAAGUCUAGACGACAGCUGACAACAGAUAUGCUGAGAGUGUCAGACCCUGACAGCAGGCCUGAGGAUCUUGUCUUUAGCACAAUGGGAAACCUAAAUUCUGAAGCUGGUUACCUUGAGAACCAAGAUUACCCUGGCAGGCCCAUCAACUUGUUCUCUCUAAAUGAUCUGGAGGAUGGUAAGAUCACCUUUGUGCACACAGGAGUUUCUGCAUCCAGGCUGGUUCUCAGAGCCAGCGAUGGACAUAGAGUCAGCAACGCAGUAGUUUUAAGAAUCAUGGCAGUGACACUUGAAUACAAAGUAGAAAAUAAAACCGGACUGGAGGUGAAUCAGGGGGAAGCUGCCAUCAUCAGCACCAGUCACCUUGCUGUACAGGUCAAUAUGGCAGAUAGUUCAGUAGAUGUGUGGUAUGACGUGACAGAGUUGCCACAGUUUGGUGAGAUACAGAGGUUGCACUCAAGUGGCGAAUGGAAAUCCACCACCUUUUUCUCACAGAGACUUCUGGAAAAGGAAAGGAUCCGAUAUCUCAGCACCUAUCACGGAAUUCAGACUCAAAGCAACGUUAAGGACCAAUUCAAAUGUAAAAUAGUCAUCAAUUCGAUUGCAAGAGAGGAAGUUGUUUUCCCUAUAGAGAUCCGCUGGAUUCAACUGAAAGUAACACGUAGCAAGAUGGAAGUGACUGGUCUUGAGAGUGCCGUUCUUACGCCUGAAGACCUUCAUGUGAUUUCUAAAGGUAUUAAAAUCAGUGAGAGUGAUCUCUUCUUCAGAGUCCUGACAGUACCAAAGAAAGGGAGGCUGUUCCUUAGACAGAAGGUUUUGCAAAGGAACUCAACCUUUAGCCAAGAAAACAUCACAGAAGGUUUGGUGAAAUAUGAACUUUUUAACAGGCUGCAUGAUGACACUAGAGAUUCCUUCAGCUUUCAGGUUUUUUCUGCUCAUGCUGCUUCAACACCUUAUGACUUCAGAAUCAACAUCAAAGCAGAGUCAAGUGCAGUAACUGUCCUAAAUAAAGGCCUUUCGAUCCUUGAAGGAGCAAGUAAAGUAAUUACGAAGGACAUUUUGUUCACUCACACGGGAAGUAGCCGAGAAGUUCAUUAUAAUGUAACUGUGAGCCCCAGGCAUGGGCAGUUAAGGAAGAUCAAUCUGUCCAACUCAACUUCCAUUAAUGACAACAUACUGACAUUCACCAAUCAGGACAUCACAGAGGAGCGUGUCAUGUAUGUUCACGAUGAUAGCGAGACCAAACAGGAUUACUUCAUGUUUCAAAUUGCUGUGUAUAAAUCUAACAAACAGGCAAACAGGAAAGACGAGGGAAACCCUGAGGAGCACAUCUUUAACAUCUCUGUUCAACUAGUCAACGAUCAGAGACCUGUCAGGGUUGUUGAUAAGGUCUUCCAUGUGGCCCGGGAUGGACAGAGGUUGGUGACAUUGAAAGAUCUGCGCUACCGAGAUGAUGACUCGGAUUUUGAGGACAGCUGGUUGGUCUAUACAAGGAGGGGGAUCCCAAUGGGAGAGCUGGUGCUGGCCAGCGAUCCAAGUCACAGGCUGUAUGAAUUCACACAGCGGGACCUUGAGCAGAACAAGGUGUUGUUUAUCCACAGUGGUGUUAGCUUUGGCCGCUUUGUGCUUUUCGUAACAGAUGGGAAACACUAUGUGUCAGCGCUCCUGGAGGUAAUUGCACAAGAUCCAUACUUGCAAGUGGAGAACAACACGGGUCUGAUGGUCCAGCAGGGUGGGAUUGCAGCCCUGACUUCUGCUAACCUCAGCAUCAUCAGCAACCUAGACAUACGGGACCCCCAGGAAGUGACUUUUGAGGUCUACGUUCCACCUAGUCAGGGCGUGCUCUGCUUUAAUGAUGGGCAGAAGGAGGCAAUCAUUGGAACUGAUGCCAUUUCAGUUUUCACCCAGAGAGACUUGGUGGCAGGACGUCUGGCCUAUCACCACAGCGGAGGCCACAAGUUGUUGGACGUUUUCAAUGUGACGGCAAGAGCAAGAGAAAGAAGCACUGAGAGGCUCACUGAAAGAGGAAGGAGGGAGGUGCAUUUGGAUAUCGGAGUGCCGGUAAAAAUAUAUUUGGAGAGUCAUCACAGGCCUCCAACCGUUAAAACCAACCGCCCGGUGGUGGUGGCGGAGGGACAGAAUACCUCCAUAAGCAGGGAAGAUGUAGAGGUGGUCCACGAUGACAGUUUACCCUCAGAAAUAAUCUUCACUGUCCAAGUUCCUCCUAGAGUCGGCAUCAUUUAUAAAUCACCAAGCAACAAAAAUCAGGAAGAUAUAAAGGGUUUCAAGGAGCAGCCUACAACCUCAUUCACUCAAGAAGAUCUCAACCAGAGAUCUGUUAUGUAUCAGCAGCAGGCUGCAGGAAGUAUUAAUGACUCUAUCGUCUUAGAGGCAACAAAUGGGGUGACGAAGGUUGGACCUUUUACAGUGAUGAUUGACAUCAUACCGAUCCUGCUUCCCCUACAGGUGUUAAACUUGACUCUGGAUGAAGGGUCGUCCCUGCCUCUCACAUCGAGUAUUAUCAAGGUUGCCAGUCAUCACUUUUCAGGGCUGAAUUUCCUUUACCAGGUUAUUGUUUCACCAAGAUGUGGACAUUUGGAGCACAGCCGUAUCCCGGGAAUGCCUAUCCAUGCUUUUACACACACAGAGGUGGAGCGUGAGUACAUCUCUUAUGUCCAUGAUGGUAGUGAAACUCUGAUGGACAACUUUACAAUUAUAGCCAAUCAAACAGAGAUGAAAAAGCAUAGCUUGCCUUGCACGGUUCACAUCACAGUCACACCUGUCAAUGAUGAGACCCCUGUUGUCACCACCAACCGUGGGCUAAAGGUGUGGGUGGGGUCUAUUACAGAAAUAAGCACCAAUGAACUCAGUGCAGAAGACUCAGAUACUCCACCUGAGGGCCUGGAGUAUGUUGUCACACCACCUAGCAAUGGUCACUUGGCUCUGAAGCGCUCCCCAUCUAGAUACAUCUUGAACUUUACCCAAACUCACAUACAGAGCAGGCAGCUGGUGUUCGUCCACAGCGGUCCAUUAACGGGGGGCUUUCACUUUCAGGUGAAUGAUGGAGUUAAUUUUGCUCCUCGGCAGAUCUUCAGUACCACAGCCCAAGCUCUUGUCCUUACUUUACAGAAGAACCACCCCAUGGAGGUUUACCCAGGCUCGUUGACGCCAAUCUCAGAGCAGGAGCUUCAGGUUGUUACCAACAACAUCAGUGACAUUGCAAGAAACCAAUCUGUUGUUUUUGCUGUGACUGCUCCUCCAAAAUUUGGUCGCCUGGUUCAACGAAUGCCUGAUAACUCUUUUAGAAACAUUUCCACGUUUACUCAGCGCAUGGUGAAUGACGGGUUGAUCUUAUAUGAUCAGAACAAGCCAGAGUCGGUGGGCUGGUCAGCUGCAGACUCCUUCUCUUUCACCGUGUCCUCUCCUCCAGCUUUCCUCCCUCCACACACCUUCACCAUUUUGAUCUCCUACCAAGCCAACGAUCACCUUGGCAACCCUCAACAGAGGACCAGACUACUAAACAAUGCAGGUGCUGUGGUAGCAGAAGGAGGCAGAGUGACUAUUGACCGCUCUAAACUUGAUGCCUCCAACCUGCUGGGAAACCUCCCGGAGUCCAACAGAAAGGACCACCACAUCAUGUACCGAGUGAUUUCUCUGCCUCGACACGGAGCACUGACUAUACAGGGACACAAUCUCACCAGGAGCCAGACAGAUUUCUCACAAGCUACCCUGAACAAGUUUGGGAUCAUGUACCUCCAUGACGACUCAGAGACAACGAAGGACAGCUUUACUUUUCGGGCCUGGGUGGCUCCUUUGCAUCUUCCCUCUUCCUCCUCUUCAUUGCCCUUGUCUUCCUUUUCCUCCGAUUCCUCGUCUUCCACUUCUUUUUCCCCUCUCUAUUCUCCUUCGUUGCCCUCCUACCCAGCACUGGGCACGGCUUCUCAUCGCCACCCUACCAUGGACGGCGUGGCAGUGACAGAGAUGUUCAACAUCACUGUGACGCCUGUCAAUGACCAUCCACCGUUAAUUAGAAGCAGAGCCCCGAGCAUGAAGGUUGUGGUUGGGGAGAGAGUCAUUCUUGGGCCUGAUAACCUUCAGGUUGAGGACCAUGAUACUCCACCAGAAGAACUGCACUACCUUGUGAUCAGCAAACCCAACAACGGUUUCCUGACUUUGGGAGAAAGACCUGAGCCAGUGACUUCUUUCACACAGUAUGACGUCAACCACGGCCGACUGCAUUUCACACAGCAGGGUGAGGUCUCAACUGGAGUUUUCUACUUCAAUGUCACCGAUGGUCAUCACCGUCCACUCUACAAGCUGUUUAGCUUAGAGGUUGUGAAGCCAUCUGUAUCCAUGGUUAACAACACAGGCCUGUCGUUGGUUCAAGGCCGCACUGCGGUUGUGUUGACAACCAACCAGCUGGCGGCUCAAACCAACGGUCAGAGGCAGGCUAAUAUCUCCUACAUGGUUACCAAGCACCCACGCCAUGGACGCAUAGCUAUCAACGACCAGGAGGUCACCACCUUCCAGCACGAAGACCUCCAGUUUGGUCGGGUCGUCUAUCACAUGACUGAUCUCAGCGAAUCAGAGGACAGCUUCCAGAUCUCAGUGUCCGCCUGGUCUUCUGGUGUUGACUAUGGGAGACUGACGGAGCAGACGGUGAAUGUCACUGUGAGGCCUCUGGUCUACCUUAGAGAACCAGUUAGAGUCCCGAGUGGUAUUGCUGUAAAAUUGGGAAAAGCCAUGAUUGAUGCCUCCGAGCUCGCCAGAAUCAGCAGGGUUGAUCCAGUUUUUGAGGUUCUCUCUCCACCGAAGCAUGGCAAAUUAGUCAAGAUUACCUACGAUCCAAACCAUGCAUCAGAGGCACUGAGGUCAUUUACAUUCAGGGAUGUCAUACAGGGCAGAGUUGCCAUUGAAGAGACUCUCAGUGACGCCGACAGCCAGAUCCACAAUAACGAAUCCACGCUCACAAAGGCCCGUGGCCACACACCAGCCACUCCCCUCAACGAUUCCUUCACCUUCCUGCUAAAAGCCGGAAACGUCCAGCCAGCGAAGGGCGAGCUUCACUUCACCAUCUUUCCACACCACCAAAUGCGACACGGCACAAGAGGUUUCCACAAAGUACGUGGAGCAAGUCAUGAGCACGUCACCACCCGUUUCGGAGCCCACAACAGAACGACUUUAGAUGAUGGACAUGGAGAGGCUGAGAUGCACAGUACGACUGCUGAGAGUUUGCACCCUUACAUUUUGUCAAAUAAAAACCAAAACAAGACUCAGCGGAAGAUAAAGCCCCACAACCGCUGGGGGAACCGUACGCGCAGUCAUGGAGGAAGAUCAGGGACCCCCCCUGAGAUAGCAGUAGAGGGGCACACUCAUGCUCCACAGCCCCACACCCCUCCUGUCCCAGAAAUACAGGUUCCAAUAAUCCCUCCCAUCCCCGACCUGGUUAAUGUCGAGAUCCUUCCUCGUCCUGCCUCUGACCCCCUCCUCAUCAUCCUACCCCUCCUGGCUUGUUUGCUUCUCAUCGUAAUCCUUGUGGUUCUGAUUCUUGUUUUUCGCCAUCGCAAAGAGAAACAAGCUCGGCAGCGGCUGAUGCACGAACUGGCUGCAAUGCAGUUACCCAGUGAGGACAGCCCUUACCCGGGCCGGCCGCAGAGAAGCAUGGCCAUGCCUAAUGUGUUAGUCACCCAACUCGGCUCUGCAAGCUGCCCUACCUCCCCAAGGGUAUCCAUGACCCCAAGGAGGAGUCUGGCUCCUGGCAUGACCUUCUGGGGGCCGAUUGAAUCUGAUUUAGCAGGUAGGGAUGGAAACAUCAGGGGUCGUAACAAUAGUGAAAUAGAAAAUCUAGGCUGUGCUAAUAUGCCCCAAGUUUCUCCUGCAGGGUUUAAAACCGCUUGGAGAUCCCGGUCCCCUACUCCAACUCUUAAAGACAGCCAGUUCUGGGUUUGAAUACAAGUCCUUUGUACAAAAACUGUGCCUUAUAAAGGGGGGAUCAAUAGAAGCGUUUGCUUUCUAUUGGCUACAUGUGACAUUUCCUGCUAAUUUAAAGUAUCUUCCAUCAAACUUAAUUAGCCUGACUUCAAACUUAGAUUUAUGAGGAAAAUGUCAUGUGACUUCUGUCUAGGGUGCAAGAGUUCCUUUGGAUGCAGUCAAGUAAAUAAUUAACUAGGAAGACUAUUAUGUUUUUUAAAAUACUACCACAGUUAAGUUUAACGUUAAACAAAAAAUCCAGUGGCUUGUCUACACCUCAGUUAGGUAACAUCCGUUAAAUAAAUCUCUUACCUUAAGUUAUGUUUUUUGAAUAUGUUGGUUGUUACAUUAUGCUUCACUGUACACGUCUUUUAAGCUUUAUAUUUGAAACAUAGUGUGCAUUAAAAAAUAAUUAAUACCCAAUAAAAUAUUCUAAAUUUGCCACAAAAUUUUUACAGACUUCAUGAUAUUUUGCAUGGAUUUAAUAAGAUAAUUGCGGAAGUGCUCAACUGCAAACACAGCUGCAAGUAUACAGUAAGUGAAUAUAAAUUGUCAGGAUUAAUUCGAUUUAACCGGGAAGUUUUAAUAGAACCAUAAUUUCAUUCAUUUCAGUGUUUCUCUAACUUUUUUAAUUUUCUUAACUUUUUUUAAUUUAAACCUCCACCCGUGUCUUUCUUUCUUAAAACUGAAAUUCAGACAUAAAAUAGGACAAUAUUAAUUAAACAGGCGACUUUUAGAGGCUUUUAAUUGCACUGGAUUUCUGUUUAAGGGUGUAAGGAUAAGGAAGACUGCAAAAUCCUGAGACUGGGCAGUGGAAUUUAAGGAGUAAAUCUUCAUUGUGAAAUAAGAAGACAGAUCAUUAUUUUCUGCCAGACUAAUUACACACUACAUAGCAAAGAAAACAACCCCAAAUGAAAAAUACCAAUUAAACGUAUCCAACAACAAAGAAAACAAUUUACAAACCAGGAAAAAUCUUUAAUUAAACAAAACGGCAGCUUUCCUCUACUACUCCAUUCUGAUAGAAAGAGGUUCUGGUUACAAAAGGCAUUAAAGUCUUAACAAAUAAAGUGUAUGGCAGUCAGGUUAUUUAAUUAUUGUUUGCAGUUUCUUGGUCCUUUUGUUUUCUGUAGGGGAGGUGAUAGUUCUGCAUGACACUCCAUGCAUUAACAUUAUUUUGAAGUUUCAUGUCUCAUUUUUCAAAGUUUGCAACCAGAUAAGACAGUAAACCUCUGCAAAGGCUUUUAAGAGAGGUAGAUAGAUAUGUUCCUCAUUCUUGUUACGUUAAACCCCUUAACUGUGUGCUUUAUAUACCUGUGUUGUUUUGUUAUAUGUGAAAAUUGUUUUUAAUAAAAUAUGUUUCCUAAAAAGGAGUGUCUUUGUCAGACAAACAACCAAAAUGAUUUCUGAAUAUAAUAUUUAGAAAAUGAAAUAAAAUUUACUCAAUUUCUUUUGUAAAGGCCAACAAUCUGCUUGUCUUUUGACAGUAAAGUUGCAAGUUAGAGAUCCGAACUAAC